GGCCUAUAUAAGAAUAUGGUAUUUGAUUGUUUCUUGCUUUCGUAUUCUAAAAUGCUUCGUUUAAUAACCUUGCUGUUCUCAGUUAUCGUAAGUGUUCUUGGUCAUGGAAGACUUAACGAACCUCCGGGUCGUUCUAGUAUGUGGAGAUUUGGAUUCGAUAAUCCUGUAAAUUACGACGAUAAUGAAUUAUAUUGCGGAGGAUAUGCUAGACAAUGGACUAAAAAUAAAGGCAAGUGCGGAAUAUGCGGUGAUCCUUGGGAUGCACCAGAACCGAGAGAUAACGAAGACGGUGGUUUAUAUGGAAAUAGAAUAAUCACUCGCCAAUAUAAAAUGGGUCAGGUGAUCACUGCAAUUCCGAACAUAACCGCAACCCAUAUGGGUUAUUUUGAAUUUCGUCUUUGUCCUCUUAAAACUCCGAAUCAAAAAGCCGAUCAAGAUUGCUUAGAUCAAUACGUUUUGCCUCAAUCCAACGGCAAGGGUACUAAAUAUCAUUUAGAUCGUGGAGCAAGGCCUGGAUUAUAUCCAGUGGAACUGAAGUUACCAGACGGAGUAACUUGUGACAGAUGCGUGGUGCAAUGGCACUAUAGAACUGGUAACAGAUGGGGAAAUUGCGAAAAUGGCGGCGGUGCCAUGGGUUGCGGACCUCAGGAAACAUUUAGAUCUUGCUCCGACGUAUCUAUCAAGGCAUAAAUUUUAACUUAAUAAGCAUUUAUUUUAAAUAAAAAUGUAUUAUAUGUAAU